GUGUGUGUGUUUUCAACUGGAGCCACAUCACGCAGUGGUGACUGAUAGUCUGGGUAGUCCACAGUCAGCGGGGUUUCAGGAGUCCGGUAGGUGGCAGUGAAUGUUCUCAGGUAGGGAGGGCAGGUUGUGGGGGGCGUGUGUUCCUCUUGCACAAGCGCUCCCAUGUUGCGUAGUCUGGAAACCUGACGUGGAGAGCAGCCGAGCGGUGAGUGACAGAGUUGCGGCAGGGCAGAUCAGAAAGUGCCUGUGGCCGCGCUCCCCCCCCCCUGCUCGCGCGCUCCUCUCCGGACCGACAGAGUCGCACGAGACUGGCGACACGCUCCGAAGCCGGUCAGCUGGCCGCGGGUGACCCGAGGAUCCCACUUUGACGAACAAGACUCGGGGCUCCGCUGGCAGGAAAGGUGGAACUAAACUACAUUACAUUGACUUGAGAGCGAUGCACUGGCAGCAUGGCCAAGUGGUUCAAGGAGCACCUAGGAUUCAAAACUACCAAAGCACCCCCUCCGGCGCCUCCGAAGCCGGACUACAGACACUGUCACACCGGUGUGCCCGGUGCGCCUGGCUUCCAGCAAACAAGCUCCGGGGCUACCUUCCCGAGCCCGGCUCAACCGGACAUCCUCGCUGCUUACAAACUACAAAAGGAGCUGGACUUCGAGGACCCGUACACUCCAAGUGGAAAUAUUGCAUUUGGCUCGGGCAGCUUGAACACUGUGGGGUCGCCGGAUAUCAAGUAUGUGUCACCAAAACACCGACUUAUCAAGGUGGAAACAAUCGAAAAGAGCAGCCCGGCUCCGGGCGGCGGUGUCACCGUCACCCAGGCUGUUGCUGUAGGGAGUGUUAAAUCUCCCACUUCACCCCCCUCGGACCACGACAACAAGGAGAAGCUCAUUAUCCUUGAAGACUACGCGGACCCGUUCGAUGCUGAGCAGGCUGGUGGCACUCAGACCAGCACGGAAAAAAUGACGACUGAGAAUGAUGGCUACAUGGAGCCAUAUGAGGCCCAGAAGAUGAUGGCAGAAAUACGAUCCGGUGGGCGAGGACCUAAGGAAGGACCGGCGAGGCAGCUGCCCCUGUACGACACGCCGUAUGAGCCAGCCGAGAAUGGCGGCGACUCGGACCCUGAGCGCUUGCGCUGCCCCAGAGAAAGCCGGCUGCCGCAAGAUGAUGAGCGACCCCCUGAGGAGUAUGACCAGCCCUGGGAGUGGAAGAAAGAGAGGAUUUCCAAAGCCUUUGCAGUAGAGAUUAAAGUGAUCAAGGACCUACCGUGGCCCCCUCCUGUCGGGCAGCUCAACACCAGCCCUCCCCUGGUGGAGGAGCUGGAGUCUCCCUCCCAGACAGCUCAGCCCUCGCCGGGACAGACGAGCUGUGACCAGCACCACCAUGUCCAGUUUGAUGGCGUGGAGAAGUCUCGAAUGUCGCCUACCAAGGAGGGGAAAACCCGCCCGCUGCAGCGACACUCCAGUGGCUGUCUGGUCAACACCAAAAUGACUUCACUGGACCACUGCAGCUCCUCUCUGGGGGAGCGUAUUGACCCCAGCAUGCCCCUGGAAAGCCAGUUCUGGUACCAUGGAGCGAUCAGCCGAACAGACGCAGAGUCUCUGCUCAGGCUGUGUAAGGAGGCCAGCUACCUGGUGAGAAACAGCGAGACCAGCAAGAACGACUACUCCCUCUCCCUCAAGAGCAGCCAGGGCUUCAUGCACAUGAAGCUGUCACGGACGAAGGAGAACAAGUACAUCCUGGGCCAGAACAGCUGCCCGUUUGACAGCGUGCCUGAGAUCAUCCAUUUCUACUCCAGCCGCAAGUUGCCCAUCAAGGGUGCCGAACACAUGUCUCUGCUCUACCCUGUAGCCAUCAGGACACUAUAGUGCUCUGGGUCGCCUGCAGGCGUCGGCCCCUGCAGUACUCACUGGGCCACCCCGUGGCUCCAUGCGCCCUGUCCCUCUGGACAGUGCCCAGUAGGCUCAUGGGAAAAUGAACACAAAACUGCUGAUCCUGACUCACCUCACUGGCCUACGGAUUCCAGACCUGUUUUGAAGGCCUACUGCAUACUCUCCUACACAUACAGACUCAAUGUUGCAGAAGGCUUUUGUUAUUGUAUUUUAUUUUAUUUAUGACAGACACCCACUUCAUUACAUCGCAGACUGACUAUCUGAUGAACAUCAUUUCAUUGAUUCUUGAGCUGACUUCCCUUAGCACUUAACACACAAAGAAAAGAAAGGUACAACAUUGUAACAUUUGUCACUGGGUUGUACUUUUUCUCAUAAAAUGUACCAUUUUACUCGGGAUGCACAUUGUGUAUGAGCACGUUUGUUUGACUGUGCUCAUUUGGUUAGGCUCUGUUGAUGCUGUAAUUGUUUGUAAGGGGACUUGAAGAUUGUAAAGGCCGUGUAAGGGAAGCGACAUUUAUGAGGCAUGUUGAGGGAUAUUGUCCACGUGGGCCCCAUACAGUGGUCAGGAUAUUGAAUAACCCGGCCUUGUAUGAAUGGUGUGUCCCCAGCUGCAUGGAAAUAACAGGCCUGUGAGCAGUGCAGACUGAUCUCUCUAUCUUGUCAUAGCGAAUACUGUCUGCUAUCCAUCACUGAGUGGGUGUAUCACACCAAUGACAGUGUAAGUACCACAGUGGUGAGACAGGCAGGAGAUCAUGAUGGAUGGGUCAAGCCAUCUGACACAGUACAAUUGGCUGAGGCUGGAGACCAGAGCCUGUCCAAAUGGACCAAAUUAGCCCUGCUACCCCUCUUUAGAAUGGCUUUGCAUUGGGAGAAUGAAAUAUGCCUGCAUUGUCUACCUCAGAAAAUCAAUUUCAUUCACCCAUCUGCAGAUCAAUAGGUACAAUGGGAUUGCAGACAUCGAUCUGCUCUCCCUUCGACAUUCCCAAUUCCCUUAAAAUUGCAUCAUCGGUUUUAGGAACAUAUUUUUUGAAUACAGUUAAUCCAAGAUUUUUUUUAUGAAAACAGCAGAUUUUCCAGAUCAGCAAUUGUAUGUAUAGUCACUAAUAUGAUACUGUGUGAUGUCAGUAACAAAUGUUUGGUUAAUGCCUUAUAAUGCAUGGAUCAAAUCAGUCCGCUAGAUCAGCUGAUUUCCAGUUCUGCUUUUAACGAUUGUUCUGUGACUGUAAUUUAUUCUGGGGUAAUUAUUACUGAUGUGUUACUCCUCUGUGAUGGCCCGGCGGCCCCCUCACCCUCAUUGUUCUGUGCUGAUGUGAUCGUGUUUUUUGGGACUACUCCAGCCUCUUUUACUGUGGUGCUUUGCGUUUUUUUGUUGUUUCCAGUUCUGCUUAAUGCACGUUUGCCUCGGUGGCCUGACUCUGGGACACGAGUCACGGCGUCUCCUGACCAACGAGAUUGUCAAGCCUCGCGUAAGAGACGAUCGCAUAUUCUCCCCCCCAUGGACCAAUCACAACGCGGCCUGUUCGCACUGGAAAAGACACCUACCUUCAUUCUGCCAUGCUUCCUCUUUGCAUUAAAACCUUUUCUGUCAUCUACCCUUUACUACCAGAAGUGCAUACAUGUGUGAAUGUGAGUGAGUAUGCAUGUGUCCAACACGUUCAUGUGUACUGUAUAUGUAUGCAAAUGAGAAUGUGUGCACAGACUUUUUGAGUUCCAGUGUGUUUCUUAACCCUGCUGGUACAAACUGGUGACAGCCCUUGCUUGAACCUCGUUGGUUGUCAGCACUUUUAUUUUUUCUCCCCUAAACUCAAGAGACUAGAAUUCAGCCCCGUGACUCAUUAAUUUUGAUUUCUUCUUGUAUUUUCUCAUUACCACUUUUCAUUUUAGCAACUCAUAGGAAUGACGUGUCUGUCUUGUGGCCUGCUCUCUGCAGUUUAUUGUAAAAGAACCAAUAAUAGCUCAGCCCACAGCAUGUAAUAUUGCUGACCAAUUACAGCAAGGAGAGGCUGAGACUAAUGAGAGUGCCUAAUACUUCUAACAAACUGCCUCUUCAGAGGAAACCUUUGUUAGUCUUAUGAGUUGCAAAAUUCUGUGGUUUAAUGAGCAAAUCCCAGUAAAAAUGGAAAUUUUGGGGGGCUUUGGUCCAGGCUGAAAAUGACUGACACAAGGAAUUAAAACUGACUUAAGCGAGCAUGACCACUGUAUAUACAAAGUCAAAUAUGUAUUUGGCUUUGACUAUAUAUCUCCGCUGUGUGCUAUGCAACUCUAAACUGCAGUCAUUGAAGGGAAAAUGAUUGGAGUAUGUGCCUCCACCAAAUGUUUAUGACAAAUGUGAUGGUACAAAAUGUCCACCAGGAGGAGAUAACAUCAGCAGAAUGACCUGAUUGAUCGUUAAAAGGAAUAGUUUGCAGAAAGUGGGAUGUAUACAGACGUUUAUUUUACUGGUGCAGUAAGUGAGCAGACAGAUGUUGCUGUCGUUACAUAAGUAUGUCAUAUGAGGGUGUCUGUUCAUGUGAUAAGGCAACCUCUGCAGCUUUAUUAAGGAAUAGUAUGUUGUCGAAAUGGACCUAUGUAUUUCCUUGAGGGAAGAUAUUCUAAGAAGAAAUGCAAAUGAAAUAAACUUUAUGUGCUGUGUAUCCUCUAUGUUCCGGAUGUUCCCUGUCUAAGAGAUGAAAUGUUGACAGUAGAGGCUCUUUAUUUAGUUAUUGCUGCUGAUGAGUGUUACUCUUCGAUAGUAAAGAGCCUGCGUAUGAUGGCCGCAUUGCCUAGAGAGAGGCCUUAGCUUUGGAGAAAGGGAAAUAGAGAAAAGGGGGAGACAGAGGGGAGGGUGUUCAGACAGGGGGAGGGAUUUGCUGCAAUCGGCAGAUGCGCUCUUCACAUUUGUUAAUUUCUAUUAUGAGAACCUGAAAGACCCCUCCUCCUCCCUCAGAAGUGUCUUAAAGCGUGUGUGUGUGUACGCACAAUUGUGCAUGCAUGAAACAGUGUUUGUGUGUGUGUGUGUGUGUGUGUGUGUGUGUGUGUGUACUGGUGUGAGCAACCAUCAGCCAUUGACUUGCCCCCAUGUGUGUGACUUUACUGUGGUAAAGUGGCAUGUAUGAGUUUCCUUUGUGUACAUUUUCGUGCCACGUGUGUAUGCACUACUAUAACAUAUCUCUGUACAGUCCCUCAUGGCCAAAUGUAUAUACUGAAUGUAUUGUAUGGGGACAUAGAGGCAUCAAGGUUCAAAAUAAAUAAAAUUGGGUUCAUGAGUUAAUGUGUGAUAUAA